GAUACUGUUGUAGGUGAAUAUUAUAAUGCUGAAAUCAAAUGAAUACUUGAAUGAUACAAACAUAAGGGUCUUUCAUAGAGGAUUACAACAAGAAUCAGGUAUUUUAAUUCCAAAAGAAGUUUGCCCACCAUAUUAUUUAAGCUGGAGGACCACUGAAAAUCAAGCGAUCCUAGACAGUUUUUCCAUCUUGUAUAGACAGUUUCAGUUUGGUAACGCAUUUUUAAGCCUCUAUUUUUCAAUUCACAAGACAAUACUCACAAUAUGCACAUAUGCCCGUAUGAGACUGAUCAAUUGCAGUGAUAAACUUCAAUCGGAAAAUUCAAGUAAACAAUAUCAAGUGAAUUUAAAACUUCACCUCAUUGCACAAGCAAGUGGUUAUCAGGAUUCAGUAGCUAAGUGGAUAACGUGGUAGUGUUUGAAGCGAAGGGUACUAUAUUUGAGUCAC